GACGCUCAGAGACACGCGAGUACGAGCCAGUGAACGGACUUCAUCACACGCUUAAGACGCCGAUGUUUUGACCGAACUGUGUUUGUGGUGAACUGGACAUUGUAUUUGCGUGGCCAAAGCGCGCAGCGGGUCUCAUCCAUCACCACACCGGGAGCAUCAUCUUCAUCUUCUUCAUCAUCAUCGCUGGAUCACCGGGCGCCCGGAAGAAUGUCUGAAUACAGCUCGAUGUUGAGUGAUCUGUCUGAGAACAUCACUAAUGAAGACCUGGAGCAACUGAAGUCGGCCUGUAAGGAGGACAUCCCCGAAGACCAGAGCAACUCCAUCACCUGCUCCAGAGACUGGUUCAGUUACCUGGAGAACAAUGACAAACUGGCACAAGAUGACCUGUCCUACAUAGAGCACAUCUUUGAGAUCUCGCGGCGGCCGGACCUCUUGACCCGGGUCAUUGAGUACCGCACGACCGUGCUGAAGAUCUCCGAAGACGACGAGAUCGACACCAAACUCACACGCAUCCCCUCGGCCAAGAAAUACAAGGAUAUCAUUCGCCAGCCGUCAGAAGAUGAGAUUAUCAAACUGGCCCCUCCCCCUAAAAAAGCAUGAGGUCAAAGUUCACGACCUCUGCUCCUCAUCCCCGGCACUUCAUCUUGCCCAUCAUCGUCACCAAGCCCUGCCCACUCCACCUCCUCCCA